AUGUCACGUGACAUGGCUCAAGCGCUAUUUCAUUCGGCCAAAGUUUCAUUUUCUAUCUUCAAUGUCUCUUACCUUCCUGAGAGGUGCAACAAGACUCUAAUGGAAACAGAAAAUCCUGUAUCCAAGAAGAAUAGUCGCGUGGCCGUCGGAUGUACUGCAUGCAGAGUGCGCCAUGUACGAUGCGAUAAAGAAAUCCCAUCAUGCUCGGCAUGCGCCAAGGCGGGCAUAGACUGCGAGCGCGCUCUGCAAAUCCGCUUCCGACCGGGCCUUGGCCUCUCAGCUGAAUAUACCUUCUCCUCUGAUCAAACCUGGGUUCGACUGAGAAAAUCAUUGGAAUACGUCGACGAAACCGAACGAGUAUCACAGGAUUAUGAGGAUCGAGGGCAAGAAGAUAUAUCUCUGGUUGAACACUUGGCAGUCGCUCCUGAUACCACAGAACUAGAUCAACAUGCGCCUGCACUUGCGCAUAUAUCACCGGCCUCACAUGUGUCUCAGAGUAUAACGUCGUUGCCAGGAAACUCCCCAGCGAGUACGCAAAUGACUCGUCACCUCCGCUACAGCUCUGAGCUCGUUCGUUCCCCAGACUCGCCGUAUUCCCGUCCUCCGAUGCAAUUCACAACACGCGAGGCCGAGCUUAUCAAGAACUUUACUGAAAACAUGGCUUUAUGGGCUGAUGCAACAGAUAUGAAUCGCCACUUUGAGUUGGAAGUUCCCCGCCGGUCGUUGUACUUCCCUGUGCUACGAUACGCGGUUUUCGCCUUCUCUUCGCGUCAUAUCAAUCGAGACAAGGCAGAUACUUCGACUGAGGCACUGGAGUACUACAAUUCUUGUCUAAGUGUCUUGAUAGAAGCUGUUGAUAAAGCGAGUGGACAUAUCGAUGAGGAGACUCUUGCCGCUAUUGCCAUACUGCGGCAAUACGAGGAGAUGGACGCGGAGGAUAUGGAAAUGCACCUGACAGGAACAUCCAGGAUCGUCAACUCGAUGUCAGAGUUUGACUUCAACGGCGGUCUUGGUGAGGCUGCAGCAUGGCUCUGUCUCCGACAAGACAUCUAUGUCUCAUUAACAAGACUACGGCCUCUGAGAUCAAACCUUGAGAACUAUCUCCAAUCUGAUAUUUUUCGACGCACCGAUGAUGCAGCCUACGCAAACAGAAUGGUCUACCUUCUCGCCCGAUCUCUUGGCUCCAUCUACCCAUCCGACUCAUCCAUCUCUAACGAAAGCCUGGAGAGCAUUCGACUGGAUGUUGAUGGUUGGUUUGAAUCCAAGCCGGCUGUUUUCAAUCCAAUCCUAGAAAGCGGCAGAAAUAAGGAUGAAGGGAAAUUGCUACCUACUAUUUGGGUCCUUUCGCCUUUUCACUCCGUUGGUUUGCAAUACUACCAUAUUGCCAAGAUUGUUCUGGUCAUGUCUUUACCUAUUACUACAGAUUCAGUCUUUGAGCAGAUCCGAGAGAGCAAGAAGGUUGAGCGAACGAUUCGAAACCAUUUACUUCAGAUAAUAGCGUUAGCAAGCUCCCAUGCAAAAGCCGAAAAUGCGCUAUUCACAGCUCGGCAUUCAUUAUCAGUUUGGGGCAGCGUUUUUACCGAAAAGUUGGAUCAGGAUAUGGUUCUCGACUUUUUACGACACAUUCAACAAAAGACUGGCUGGCAAACAGAUUCACUAAGUUUAUCAUUGCAGCAACAAUGGACGCAAGACACCAAUGAGGACUGAUAGUCAACAAUACCUAACACCUAUUUGUAUAUUUUCUCCCAAAUCUAUAAUGCAUCACAGCUUAGGCUCCUCAAUGCGGCGUCCA